AUGCAGUCCUCCCCUGGAAUGUUGACCAAGUUUGAGUCCAAGUCCUCGAGAGCAAAAGGCAUUGCCUUCCAUCCUAAGCGACCAUGGAUUCUUGUAUCGCUUCAUUCAUCCACCAUCCAGCUUUGGGACUACCGUAUGGGUACCCUAAUCGACCGAUUCGAGGAGCACGAUGGACCAGUCCGUGGAAUCGACUUUCAUAAGACACAGCCCCUGUUCGUAUCUGGUGGCGACGAUUACAAGAUCAAGGUCUGGUCUUACCAAACGAGACGCUGCUUGUUCACCCUCAACGGCCAUCUUGACUACAUCCGAACCGUUUUCUUCCACGAUGAACUUCCCUGGAUUCUGUCCGCCUCUGAUGACCAGACAAUUCGGAUAUGGAACUGGCAAAAUCGAUCCCUGAUCUGCACAAUGACGGGCCACAAUCACUACGCCAUGUGUGCUCAAUUCCACCCCAAGGAAGAUCUUGUCGUCUCCGCUUCCCUCGAUCAAUCCGUCCGCGUUUGGGAUAUCUCCGGUCUCCGAAAGAAACAUUCCGCACCGACAUCUAUGAGCUUCGAUGAGCAAAUGGGACGAGGCAACCAGAACCAGACGGACAUGUUUGGAAACACCGAUGCGGUAGUAAAAUUUGUGUUGGAAGGUCAUGAUCGUGGUGUGAACUGGGUUGCAUUCCAUCCCACCAUGCCCCUUAUCGUUUCCGCCGGUGACGAUCGCCUCGUCAAGCUGUGGCGCAUGAGCGAGACCAAGGCAUGGGAGGUUGACACUUGCAGAGGGCACUUCCAGAAUGCUGAGGGAUGUUUGUUCCAUCCCCACCAGGACUUGAUCCUCUCUGCAGGCGAGGAUAAGACGAUUCGAGUAUGGGAUCUCAACAAACGUACUGCUGUACAGUCAUUUAAGAGAGAGAGUGAUCGAUUUUGGGUGAUUGCCGCGCAUCCUGAGAUCAACCUGUUCGCCGCCGGCCAUGACAACGGUGUCAUGGUCUUCAAGCUCGAGCGAGAACGCCCAGCCUCAGCAAUUCACCAGAACCAGCUGUUCUACGUCACCAAAGAGAAGACUGUGAAGGCCUACGACUUCCAGAAGAAUGUGGAGAGCCCCACCCUCCUCUCCUUGAAGAAGCUGGGCAGCCCCUGGGUGACCCCUCGCACACUUUCAUACAACCCUGCUGAGAGAUCAGUUUUGGUGGCCUCGCCUGUCGAUGGUGGCUCAUAUGAGCUCCUAAGCUUGCCCAAGGAUGGAUCCGGUGCUAUUGAGCCAACCGAGUCUAAGCGUGGUUCUGGCACUUCCGCCAUUUUCGUUGCCAGAAACCGAUUCGCUGUGCUCAACUCUAAUACCCAGGUUAUUGACAUCAAGGACCUGUCUAACAACAUCACUCGCUCUUUCAAGCCCCCUGCUGGCACCACCGACAUUUACUUUGGCGGCACAGGCAAUCUUCUCAUCAUCACCCCUACUGCUGUCCAUCUGUAUGACAUCCAACAGAAGAAGACCACCGCUGAACUCGCCGUUACUGGUGUUAAGUAUGUCAUCUGGUCAAACGAUGGACUCUAUGCUGCUUUCCUCAGCAAGCACAAUGUGACUAUUGUCACCAAGACUCUUGAGCAGGUUAGCAGCCUGCACGAGACCAUCCGUAUCAAGAGUGCCACCUGGGACGACGCUGGCGUUCUCCUUUACUCCACCCUGAACCAUGUUAAAUAUACUCUACUGAACGGAGAUAACGGCAUCGUUCGUACCCUUGACCAGACCGUCUACCUGGUUCGUGUGAAGGGUCGCAAUGUCUAUUGCCUGGAUCGCUCUGCGAAGCCUCGUAUCCUCCAGAUUGAUCCUACCGAAUACCGCUUCAAGCUUGCUCUUGUCAAGCGAAACUAUGAGGAGAUGCUUCAUAUCAUUCAAAACUCAAGUCUUGUCGGUCAAUCAAUCAUUUCAUACCUUCAGAAGAAGGGCUACCCCGAAGUCGCCCUCCAGUUUGUUCAGGAUCCUACGACUCGAUUCGAUCUUGCAAUUGAGUGCGGCAAUAUCGAUGUUGCUGUAGAAAUGGCCAAGGAGCUUGAACGACCCAAAUUCUGGUCUAGGCUUGGCGCAGAGGCUCUCGCACAUGGAAACCACCAGAUCGUUGAGAUGAGCUAUCAGAAGCUUAAGCAGUUCGAUAAGCUUUCUUUCCUUUACUUGACGACGGGUGAUCAUUCUAAGCUGGCCCGGAUGGGUAAGAUUGCUGAGCACCGUGGAGACUUCACAUCGCGUUUCCAAAACGCUCUCUAUCUUGGCGAGGUCGAGGACCGCAUUCAAAUGUUUAAGGAGAUCGAUCUCUAUCCUCUCGCAUAUAUGACGGCGAAAUCUCAUGGUCUCGAGGAGGAGUGCGAGGCAAUUCUUGAGGCAACUGGUCUGACUGAAGACCAAAUUACCCUACCCACUCUUGGCAAGCCGUUGACUCCCGCUCAGCCCGUGGUGCCAACUUUCAAGAGCAACUGGCCCACAAAGGCCGGAUCUCAAUCAUUCUUCGAGAAGGCCUUGCUUGGCCAAGUUGAAGGCCUCUCUCUUGAGGAUAACACUGCAACUAACUUAUUGGAUGACGCAAUGGAUGUUGAUGAGUCAAGCAAGCGAAACGGUCUCAUCGAGGAUGAUGAAGAAGAUGCUACUGGUUGGGACUUGGGUGAUGAUGAUGUUCCUGAGGUCGAGAGCGACUUUGUCAACGUUGAGAGCUCGGAAGCUGGAGGAGCAGGCAGCAGUGAAGCUGAUCUCUGGGCCCGCAACUCUCCCUUGGCUGCCGAUCACAUUGCUGGCGGCUCCUUUGAGACUGCAAUGCUACUUCUCAACCGACAGGUUGGUGCCGUCAACUUUGCACCUCUCAAGCCACGAUUUUUGGAGAUCUUCCAAGCUUCGAGGUCCUUCCUUCCUGCAUCCGCCGGUCUUCCUCCUCUUGUUAACUAUAUUCGACGAACUUUGGAUGAAACCGACCCCCGACAGGUUCUGCCACUUAUCCCCCGUGACCUGGAACACCUUGCCUCGAAUGACCUUCAGAAGGGCUAUGACUCGAUGAAGGCCAACAGACUUGAAGACGGUAUUGGAUACUUCAAGGGGAUCUUGCAUGCUAUCCUUGUCAAUGCGGUGUCAAAUGAAGAUGAGGUCUCUGAAGCUAAGAAGCUUAUCACAUCUGCUAGCGAGUAUGUCGUUGCAAUGAGCAUCGAGCUUGCCAGAAGACAACUGGGUGGACCGGAUGCCCUGGCCAAAGACCCUGAAAAGCUCAGACGAAGUCUCGAGCUUGGCGCAUACUUCACUAUCCCUAAGAUCGAGGUUCCUCACCGCCAGCUGGCAUUGCUGAACGCGAUGCAGUUCGCAGUGAAGAACAAGAACUACAACUCAGCACUCAGCUUUGCCAACCGUAUCAUUGCCAAUGGCGGAGCUAGCAAGAUCGUCGAAAACGCCAAGAAGACGAAGGCUCAGUGCGAGCGCAACCCCAAUGACUCAAUUGACAUCGAGUUUGAUCAGUUCGCUGAGUUCGAGAUCUGCGCAGCCAGCCACACUCCCAUCUACAGCGGCACCUCCUUUGAGGAAUGCUCAUUCGACGGAUCCAAGUAUCAUUCUAAGUUCAGGGGUACGGUGUGUAGGGUUUGUGAAGUUUGCGAGAUUGGCAAGCACGGCAGUGGAUUGAAGUUGUUUGCGUAG